AAAAAGAAGCCAGGAAAAAGUUAGAACAACAGAUGGAUGCCCUUCACAAACAGAGGUCCUCACAGUUCAAGAAGACAAUGGAUUCAAAGAAGACAUACGACCAGAAGUGCCGAGAUAAAGAAGAAGCCGAUCAGAACGUGAACCGAAACACCAACACCAACAACACCAAGCACAUGGAGAAGCUCUACACGAAAGCACAGCAAGCAAAACAGAAUGCAGACGAAGCAGACAGAUUAUACCAUCAGAAUGUGACCACACUGGGAAAGGUUAGAGAUGAAUGGCUGAAGGAACAUGUCAAAGCCUGUGAGAUGUUUGAAAAACAGUCAAUGGAGCGUAUCAACUUUUUGAGAAACACAGUCUGGACCCACCUAAACCAGCUUUCCCAGCAGUGUGUGAACAAUGAUGAGCUGUAUGAGGAAGUGAGAAAGUCUCUGGAACAGUGUGACGUCCAGGAAGAUAUCGAACACUUUAUAAACCUCAGGCGGACCGGUGAUAAACCACCAGCUCCGGUUUUGUAUGAAAACUUCUACAGUGGUCAGAAGUCUCCAACUGGCACUCCACCCUCUCGGCUCCCUCCAUCCAUCAUCAGGAGGGGGCCACUACCUGAUCCAGCACAAAACAGUACAGAUGAUACAGUCUACUCAACAGUGCAGGACGCGGGCUACAGUGUUAUCCAUUACUAACACGCGGAUCAGCUGGAGAAGUCAUUGUGCAUCCUGUGCAGUGCAGGAGCUUUGUGAUGGACAGGUUUACUUAUGUCUCAUUACUUCCUGCUUUGUGUCUUCCUGUAAAGAUGCAGUCUUACGUACGGAAAAUAAGUGUCAUAAUUGUGUACAUAAAUAGCUGAGAUGAGGUUGUUUGGUAUUUGUAACAUAUUAUAUGUCACCGUGUUAUACAUGGCAGUAUGGCAAACAUUAUUAUUUUAUUUUAAGGAUCUUGUGUGUAUUAUAAAAUCAAAGCAGGCUAAACGGGAGAUUUGUUUCUCAAUAGUUUGAUGAAAUUGACAUGUGCUAUGAUACAGAAGCAGGUGAGGUAAUAACAGACAAACACACAGAACUGUGUCGUCAACCCAAUUUCUGUACAACCUUCAUAAGUACUUUCCACUUUUGAGAUAUAGAGACCAUUUGUUACUAUAAGGCUCUGUCCUCUGGAGGGUUGUGUCUUAAUUCAUCCUCAAAUUUGCAUUUAUUUUUAUGUUUUGUGUGUUUCUAUAAAGAUCCACAAAAUGUGUCAUCCACUUACUUGUUUUCAUUUCCUCUUAUAUGUGAGAGCAGAGUGUCAGUUGACUGAUCUUGUGAGGCUCACGCAUACUCUUAUUCAUUGUAUCUACAGUGCACAGUAUAUGGAUUAUUACAGACCCUGUUUUUUUAAUUUUGCCAGUUAAAGUCCUGUACUUUGCCACUUAAGCUGCAUCCUAACAUUUUGACAGUCUUAUCUGUUGAAUUAUAGUCAUUUCCACUGUAAGACUGUUAGAGGUUCUAUGUUUUGUCUAUGUAUUUUUGGAAACAGGAGGAGGGUUGUUGGAAUUUUUGCACUUUGCUUUUGCUUAAAUGUUAAUAGCACAUGAUUUGUACAAAAUGUUACAAACUGUGUCUGAAUUCGAAACUGCCAGGGUAAAGAGGGAUUAAAAGCAUUUCACUGUGCAGCUGA